AUGUUUCCCGAUUACAACUCUCCAGAUCUUCAUCUGGCACAUCCUACUCCAGAAGAGAAAUUAGCAACCUGGAAUCUCAACUAUGAAGAAUGGGGCAAAGCACUCUCCAAACCAGAUUAUCUUCAUCGAGAAAAAUAUCUCGCAAGUCUUCCAUUAACAUCAGAUGAUGGAAUGACAUACUGGUGUUUAGUCGACAAAAAUGCCCCUCCAAAUUUGAGAGAAAUUUACGCGUCCUGCGAAUCCCUUCGCAAAAGAGCAUUCAUAUCAAGGAAAGGAAAAGUCGAAGAAGUCAUCAUUCAUUCCAUUGGAAGUGUAUUUUGUCCUCCCAAAAACAGAGGUCACAGAUAUGCAUCUAGAAUGAUGUCGGAUCUAGGUUCUAUUCUUCGAACAUGGCAACUCGAUUCCAAUAUUCCCGGGCGUUCACAAAUCCCCGCCUCAAUUCUCUUCUCGGACAUUGGAAAGAAAUUCUAUGCAAAUCAUGGCUGGCUACCCUUUCCCAGCUCUCAUAUCGCUCUCCCUCCUAUACCUAAAGAUACUAAAGCUCUAGAAGCCAGUCUAGCAUCCCCUUUAAAAGCAGAAGAUAUUCCCGCCCUUUGCGCCCUCGACGUUCAAUAUAUUCGACGCGUUCUCGAACGCGCCUCAGACGACAAAACACACAUUGCACUUCUCCCCGACCACGCAACAAUUCAAUGGCACCACCUCCGCGAAAACAUCAUGUCCACACCUAUUUUCGGACACGCCCCUGAAAUCAAAGGCGCAAUCGCUGGUUCAGACCCAGGUUCUCGCGUAUGGGCUUAUUGGACCCGUGGAUAUUACAACCCAAUCGAUUCCCCCAAUUCAAGCAAUUGUCUGCACAUUUUAAGAUUAGUAAUAGAAGACGAAAUAGACAAUGAGGAAAACGCGCGAAAAUUAGAAAGUGUACUCCGGUAUGCGCAAAUGGAAGCACAGGAGUGGAAGAUGAAAGAUGUGCAGUUUUGGAAUCCGACGCCUCUGCUGGAACAAUUGUUGGAUAGGUCGGAUUUGGGUGGUGAGGGUGCACAUCAGAGGGUGGAGAGAGAGGAGGAAAGUGUGGCUAGUUUGAUGUGGUAUGGUGAGGGUGGGGGGUCGGUGAAUGAGCUGGAGUGGGUGGGAAAUGAAAAGUAUGGGUGGUGUUAG